UUUUUAUUUUUAUUUUUCCUAUUUUGGGUUUUAUUUCAAGGUUUUGAAACUUUUUUGAUACGUUACUCGCUCUUUAUCGGUGUAAGCUUACUUCAGAAAUGCCACACUAGCCUACCGUCGUUUUCCCGAAAUUUGAAAUCCUAUCCGCGCUCUAAUGGCAACCCCAUCUCUACCGUUCAUCUAAUGCCCCAAAUCUCUCUCUCUCUCUCUCUCUCUCUCUCGCUUCUGGACUCUGGACUUCUUUCUCUCUGUCGAUCUCUUUCUCUCUCCGUAUAUAUAUAUAUAUAUAUCUAUCUAUCUCCAGGGGACAUUGAUGAGUGCGUUGAUGGCUUGUUCACUCUGAAGAUGACGACCAUAGAGAAGCUAUUCGUGCAGAUCUUCGAGCGAAAGAAGUGGAUCAUCGAACAAGUCAAGCAACAAACUGACUUAUACGAUCAACACCUCGCUUCCAAACUCCUUAUUGAUGGAAUUACCCCUCCAAAGUGGCUGUGGAACCCUAAACUUCGCUCUGAUUGUUUAGAUCCCAAAGAGUUGAAGAAAGAGAAGUUGAUUUCUGAACUUCUACUUCCACAUCCACAUCCACGACCUGCAGUCCCUUAUUCUGGUGGUUGCUGCUCUUUGUACAACAAAUCAGUUAUUACAGAAGAUAAUGGAGAUUUACCCAAUGAAUUAUUCACGGAAACUCAUACUUCCAACAAAGGAGUUGAUGAAGAAGAUGGGCCAACAGUUGUGCCCGAGUGCCACGAUAUUGAUGGUGGAUGUGCUUUAAAUUGUGUUCCUGAGCUGGAUUUUAGUGCUGCCUCUCCUCAAGAGCAGACAGAUGUAAGAAUCUCAAACAUUUCUACUGCAUCAGAUCCGUCACUUGCUAGAAUUCAAAGGUCCAAGUCAAGGCAAAAGGCUCUGGAGCUUCGCAAUAGUGCAAGAACAGUUACUAAAAGCAAUCACGAGAAUAAUACUGGUGUUUCUUCUAGUGGAUUUGUAGCAUCUAGAUUUAAUUCUCAACCGCCAGAUAAAGUCAAUGACUUUUUGGAAUUGUCCAAACUUUCUGAUAUUAGCAGUGAUAACUGCGAGGAGAGAGAGCCAAAAGAAAAUUGCCUGAGCAAGGGAAAGGGUACUGACAUUAAUUCAGACAGGAUUACAAGAUCUAGAAGUUCUUCUGUUGGAUUUAAAACAUCUGCGAUUGCUUCAAAAAAGCUUGAUCAUGUUGAUGAAAUGUUGGAAUUGGCCAAGCCUCCUGAUAUCAGUAGGGAUAGUUGUGUGGUAAGAGAGACAAAAGGUGAUGCCUUAAGCAAGGAAAAGGGCACUGACAUGUAUCGCAAUAGAAUUACGAGAUCUAGAAGUUCUUUCAAUCCACGCAGUUGUGUUGAUGAAUCUUUUAAACUGGAUAGCUCUUCUGAUAUUGCUAAGAAAGACGUUGGCAGAGAGACUAGGUUGCAAACAACUUGUAGUAUUGAAGGAAUAUCUAAGCCUGUAAAUUCUUCCAAUAUUGUUGGCCCAAGAUUUACAAGGUCAAGAUCUAGUGAAUCUGGCAAGUCUCCACUUGCACACUCAUUAAACAGUUUUGAAGGAUAUGAUCUUCAGAACGUGUUAGAUAGUCAAGAAAUCUCGUAUCGCCUUGAUACAGAUGAUAUUGUUAAAAAGGAAGGAAGUGCUGGAACUGCUACAGGAACUCAGCAUGUUUCUGAUGGACAAGCUCUGGCUGAUUGUUCCGGGUCUAAUUUUGAUGGUGCUAGGCUACGGUUGGAAGUUUUGGUCUCAAGGCGGACUUCAGAUCUUAGUAUGUCUGUGAAGCCCAAGCAACUUGAAUAUGAUGACGUUGAAAAGUGCACUUUGAAUGAAACCUUUAGUCCUAAGUUGGAAAAGAAAAUGUUGGCCAAAUCAUCAGAAGAUAGUACUUUAGUGGAUCCUGCAGCAUCACUAAAUGAAUUAGCAUCUGUUGACCCUGACAGAAAUUAUCAGGAGAAGCAAUCAUUGGUGCAACGAAAGGUUUCAAACAAAGCAGGGGAGGCUCAGGGGGUUUCUUUUGAAGCUCAUGUUGAGGAGUGCGUUGAAGUCGAUUCAAAUGUCAAUGAGAAUCCUAUGCUGAAGAGUAUUGAGAAUACCUUAGUGGAUCCUGCAGCACCACUAAACGAAUUAGCAUCUGAUGACCCCGACAGAAAUUCUCUGGAGAAGCAACCGUUGGUGGAACGGAAGGUUUCAAACAAAGCAGGGGAGGCUCAGGGGGUUUCUUUUGUAGCUCAUGUUGAGGAGUGUGCUGAUGUCGAUUCAAACGUCAAUGAGAAUCCUAUCCUGAAGAUUAUUGAGAAUACUUUAGUGGGUCCUGCAGCAUCACUAAAUGAAUUUGCAUCUGAUGACCCUGACAGAAAUUCUCCAGAGAAGCAAUCAUUGGUGGAACAGAAGGUUUCAAACAAAGCAGGGGAGGCUCAGGGGGUUUCUUUUGAAGCUCAUGUUGAGGAGUGCGCUGAUGUCAAUUCAAAGGUCAAUGAGAAUCCUAUGCUGAAGAGUACUGAGAAUACUUUAGUGGAUCCUGCAGCAUCAGUAAACGAAUUAUCAUCUGAUGACCCUGUCAGAAAUUAUCCGGAGAAGCAAUCAUUGGUGGAAUGGAAGGUUUCAAACAAAGCAAGGGAGGCGAAGGGUGUUUCUUUUGAAGCUCAUGUUCAGGAGUGCGUUGAUACUGAUUCCAACAUCAGUGAGAAUCGGGUUUUGAAGGGUAUUGAAGAUAAUUUAGAUGCUGUCCUGCAUAUUCAACAAUCUCCUGUUUCUCAUGAGGUACACGAUAAACUACCAAGUGUUGAUAAGGGCCCUGCUGAAGAAAUCCAUCAGAGUUUGAAAUUUCAUUUAACAGAAGGGUUUGAGUCUUCACCUGAUACGCAGAUUAAAGAGGCUGAACUUGGCUAUGAAGGGAGAAGCAAAACCACCCCUUUCACAUUCAAACACAAACAAUUGGGGCCAUCUAUUGUCUCAAGUUUGACCAAACAGGAAGCUGGAGACUCACAAGGUUGCGUGGUUGAGGAAGCGGGAAUGACAGAUCCAACUAGCAUUGUCGUUGAUAACCAAAAUCUGUUGCACCCAGAAGAUAAACUUGAUUGGAGAAGUAAAGGCAUUGUGGCUUCUGAUGAGAGAAACCUGCAGGAAAGGAGAAAAACUCGUCUGGUUGAGGGUAGUUUAUUUGAGUAUGGUUCAGUUGGAUCUGUGCAUAACGAGGAGAAGAACGCCAGUUGUAUUAAUAGUGAAUUCCAAGUUGCAAAAAAGUCCUUUCUGCCACAGAGAAGUUUGAGCUCUGCUAUGCAGGAUUCAUGGCCGCAGUUUAAGCGGAGAAAGAUCGAGGGACAGCAAACUAAGUUCUUCUCUGCUUCUCCAAGCUGUAGGGUGGAAAGGCUACAUAGUAUUGAAAGAGGGCCUGCAAAAAGAUAUUUGAGGACUGUGGAAAAUGCAGGGGCUGUCCCAGAAUUUAAAAAAAUUCCUGUUUCCCAUGAAGUGGAUGCUAGACAAUCAAAUGUCUAUGAGAAUCCUGACGUGGAAAUGCAUCAGGCAGGGAAGUGCAUUUUGGCAGAAGAAAAUGAGCCUUCACCUAAGCUGGAACUGGAAGAGGAUCUACUUGGCUCCGAGGAGAGAAAUAAAAGGACAUACACCCCUUUUACAUUCACACACGUACAAUUAGGGCCAUCUCCCGUCUCAAGAUUGGCCAAACAAGUUUCUAGUGAUUCUAGUGGUUGCCCAGUUGGGGGAAUGGUAACAGAGGAUUCAACUAAUGCAAACCUUGAUGCAAGAAGGGGCUACAAUGAGCAAGAUUACCAUUUUUUACUGCAUUCUGAAAAUAAUGUUAAUAUGGGAAAUACAGUUGAUUUGACGUGUACUGAGAGAACCCUGGAGGAAAGAAAACCUCAUCUGGGAGAGGAUGGCCUAUUUUCAUAUGGAUUAGUUGAAUCUCCACAAAACAAGCACCUGGAUUUGAUUGGUGCUGAUCAAACUUUGCCUGUGUUUGAGGGGUUCAUUCUUGAUGCGCAAGGAGAGAAUGGACAACAUCAUAUUGCUGGAUAUGGAAUCAACUUUGACAAAUUGGAGCUUCCUGAUAGCACAAUAGAACGCGCUAGUUUUCUGGAGCAGCUUUGUAAAUCUGCUAGCAUGCAUAAUACACCGUUGUCUCAUUUUUCAGCUACAUUUAAAUCGCACAAAACACCAGAACUGUACCAGUCUGUACCAAAUGGACUUCUUGAGCGCAUGGAACUGAAGAGCACCUUGCCUCUAAAUGAUGAUGGUGGCAUGCAGUUUAGGGCCAGUUACAGUUGUGAUAAUGAAUUCAAAUGUGCUUUUGAAGGGGUCUCAUAUUCUGACUGUCUACCACAUUCUAAUCAACACUUUGGUUGGAAUUUGGAAAAACCAUAUAUGUCUCCAGUUGGAAAACUCUGGGAGAGUCUCACAUCAAACUUGAGCAGUUCGGAGAAGAAGCGGAGCUUAAAUCCGGAGCUUACUUGCUUCCCAAUUGAGGAAGAUCCUAGUAUCAGUGAAGAAAAUGAGAAUACAGAUGAUGUGGCCGAUACAAUCCAAGAAGGCAUUAGUUCAGUAGCACUGAAUAGUGGUGCCAAAAGAGAACCACUUGCUGAGAUAACAGAAGACCCUCCUGCAUUGAUUUCUGCAGCAAAGAUAUUUCCAGAUAGAGAAAGUUUAGAUUCCAUAAAUACAGAAGGCAUCUUUACUGGGACUCGUAAUAGGGUCAAACAGAGUCUUGGAAAUCGCCAUAGCAAUAAGAGAUGUACUAAUGAGGCAAAGGAGAAUCAAAAUUUAUCAGUGGGUGUAAUUGGUGUUAAGAAGGCUGCUGAAUCACUGCAUAACAGGUAUAGUAAGCCAAAAUUAUCAGGUAAAGCAAGUUUGAGGAAAGGAGGGCAGAGUCUCUCAGAAAGGGAGUCUAAGCGUAACAACAUUGUUUCAAAUAUCUCCUCCUUUGUUCCACUUGUUCAACAAAAACAAGCUGCCGCUGUAUGUACAGGAAAGAGGGACAUCAAAGUGAAGGCACUAGAGGCUGCUGGGGCUGCAAAGCGCCUUGAAGCAAAAAGAGAAAAUGAACGUAAGAUGAAGAAGGAAGCAUUGAAGCUUGAGCGAGCCAGAAUGGAGCAAGAAAACUUGAGGCAAAUGGAAAUAAAGAAGAAAAAGAACGAAGAGGAACGGAAGAAAAAAGAGGUUGAUGUGGCAGCAAGAAAAAGACUGAGGGAGGAAGAAGAUAGGAAGGAGAAGGAAAGAAAAAGAAAAAGAAUUGAAGAGACACGGCGACAACAGAGAGAACAUGGGGAGAAAUUACACACGGGGAAAGGGGAGAAAGAAGUACCAUCUGGUGCCAUAGGUAAAAAAGUGAACAGCGGGAAGGAAUUUAACGAUGAAUCAGAAAAGCAUCGGAAAAUGGAAAAAGAAAGGGGAGACGACAAUAUUGCUGAAAAGCCUGAGACUGAACUGAAGACAGCUGGGCUUUCCACAAGUGAUGUCAGACAAGCAAGCAUUCUUUCUGAAGAUUGUGGGACUUCUACUGAUUGUGGUGAUAUAGAAGAGGCAAUGAUUGUUUCUGAUAAAUCACCUGAGAAAGAUGACCGGGUUAACAAGACCAGUCGAGAAAAAUCGUAUGAGAUCUCUCCAUAUCAGUGCUCAGAUGAUGAAGAUGAAGAAGAAGAUGAUAUGCCCACCAGAAAAUUUAUUCCUUCAUGGGCCAGUAAAAAUGUAGUGGCUUUGGUUCUGUCCUCCCAGCAGGAAGUUGACCCAGAUGUAAUAUUCCCCCAAGAAAGUUUUUGCAGUAUGGAUGAAGUUCUCUUGCCUCGAAAAUUACUGCUAAAAUAGGAGGCUAUGUUGAUGGGAUGGUUGGUUUUUGCAAUAUUUGCAUUCUGUGGUCUUCAAGAAUAUCAUAUAUUCAUUCAUUUGGAAUAUGGACGAGAUCUUCUGCACCAAAAUAAGAUGUGACGGAUCUCAGAGAACGUUCAGGAGGAGUCGGAGGACUAGAUGAACAUAAAUGAAGUUUUAUGGCUGAAGGUAUUCAAAAUUAUAAGUGGAAUGACAUUGUUAAGGUGAUACCAUCCUAGCUCCUCUCAGCUAGGAGUUAGAUUCAGUGAUGUAUAUAAUUCAUAUGCAUUGUGAUUUGAGAUCCCUCUCAAACGAGUGGAGUUUCAAAUUCGAAAAGGCUAGUGCCUGACCUUUUGAUCCACCUGUGCUUUCAACAUUUGUGAUCUGUCAGCAGGAUGAAAGACACGAUUUUGAUUACUAGAUCAUAAAAGGGUAAGAUCUCUCCCUCUCUCGC